UUUCGACUGUGCACAAGUUUAGUUUCAGCAGAGAUUCUUUUAAUUUCUGUAUACAGAUUAACCCCUGACUACCCCUGACGAUCCUCCAUACGGAGCAAUACGAUGAUACAGAGUGAUACGGAGUUACAGAAACUUGUCGGAGUUUUCAAAUCUAGCUUGUGUUGAAAUAAGGGAAGACCUAGUUUGACGUUAUUGUUGUAUCUAACAUCUCUAUGUCUAAUAUAUAAAUUUGACAAUGGGAAAUGAAUGUUGUUUAGAGAUCUAAAUUUUCAUGUAAUUAUCAAUUCUUGUAUAAUAAUAUAAUAUAUCUCAGCAUGGAUGAAAUUGAAUACAAACUCAAAACAAAUAAUGCUGUACUUAUAUCUAAUGCUAUUUCUAAACUUUUGGAUAUAAUCAACCAAAAGAGCAAAGACACGAACUAUGGGGAUUUGUCGAAGACGCCUGAGUUGAAGCUACUUUUAUCUAAAUGUGUAAAUGAAAAUUCAGUUGUAAGUGUGACAGCAUGUCAAGCACUCGUUAGCUUGGUAGAAACUGGUGUUUUGCCUGUGGCAAGCACUCUAUCAAAUUUUAUAGCUUCUCUUGGUGUUACGGAAAACUACUCAGCAGUAACUGUUGCUAUAAGUAACUUAUUAUUGCUUGACCUAAGAGGUCGUGCAGAUCAGAAUGAAUAUCUGUGUCCAUUUACUCUGAAAGCUCCUCAACAUCCAUUAAUCACUGUCCUCAACCAGAAGAAAGAUGUUUGGAGAGACGUGCUAACUCAAAUGCAGUUUAUUAUGAAUCAUCAUCAAAAUGAAAUUGGUUGUCACAGUGUCGAGCUGCUGCGACCAGUGUACUUGUACAUUUUAUGUAAUCCCUCAUUGUCCCUCUCAGAGAGUUGUCGACAACAAACUUGGCAUCUCUUAAUUAAAUCAAGGAUCACAAAGCGUUUGCAAAUUGAAGCUUUGCAAUGGAUGCGAAUAAAAAAUAUAAAUAUGUGUCUGGAAACGAACUAUAGACUUCUCGAAUUGGCAGAAGUAGUAGCAGCUAAUAAGGACAAGCAAUAUUGCGUGUCUCUGAUGCCAUUCAUUGUCAGUACGACUAUAAAACUUCUGGAAUUUAAUUGCGAUCCCAGACCUAAUUUUGAUAUAGUGUCGCUUAUGAUUGAGUGUAGCGACAGUGACUCUUGCAGCAUAACGGUGGCUCUGCUGGCUGAAGUAAUUUCAACAUGCCCUAGCAUUUAUCUAUUCAGCGUUGUUCAACUCUGUAAGAAAAUAUUAGAAAAAUUACAGUGCAGUGCAGUAGUUGCUUAUGCAAUGCUAGCAUCCUUACUACAAUGGAUGGCAUAUCCUUCAUUUUUUUCCUCCGAUGCAUUAGAAGUGGCACGAAAACUGAUAAGCUUAAUAACUGAUAAGACUGCGUGGUCUUGCAAUAUUUCCAGACUUUUAUCAAACCAGGUAUUUAUGGCGUUAAAACACAGUGAUGCUAAUAUUCAGUUUUAUACUGAAAUCUGUUAUUGCAUGGAAUCCUGUUCUGAGAGUACUACUCUCACCUGGUUAAAAAAGAUAGCAGAUGCCCCGAAUAAUAUGAAAUACAGAUGCAAGCUGCUUCUUAGUGGAUUAUUCCUAUACAGUGAUAAACCUGCUGUCACUAUAAGGACAUGCGAGAUUCUCGUACGAAUUGUUAAGGAGAACAAAAAUUUUGCAUCGCACCUGCUAUCUCUAAUUUUAUACAAACUGACUACAUCACGCGAUUACGAAGAAAUCAAGGCUCUUCUUGUUGCAUUGCCGGAAUUAGCCGUGGUCAAGGAAAAUAUACCGUUAAUUAUCCAGACUCUGGAGACAUUUUUAACAUCUAAGAAUUCCCUUAAAUAUUUGGCAAUCAACUUAUACUUAAAAGCUUGGGAGAACGAUACCAGGUGUCACCGAUAUCUUCAGGCGGCACUCGUGGAUGCAAGUAAAACGAAUAAAACAUGGAGAAGUAAUGUCACCUGUGCAAAAGCUAUGAAAUAUAUUUGCGAAAAUCAUCCUCAGCAUGGUAUUGAAUUGGUACCAUUAUUAUCACAAACUCUAAAUAGUUGUGGUGACAUUACUGGUAGCACAGCCACUGCACUUGCUCUUGAAGGCAUUUCAGCACUCUGCGAGUCUGGUCUCAUAGACAUUUGUUCUACUUGGAAAGUAUUGGCUCCCAAGAUGAACAAGGAUAAACGAACAAUUGUUUUAGUAAGCUUGUGUAAGCUUUUUGGAAGAAUACCAUUCUAUCCAAGUCACCCUGGUGACAAGUUUGAUAAAUUGGUCUUCGAAGUUAUCACAAAGCUAUGGACAUUUGUGUCUACAUGGGACCAUGUGGAUGUUAUUAGAGCUUCGUUCGAAGCCCUGUCAGAAUAUAAACUAGAAAAUAUGUCAUUGAAGUCAUUACCAGCAGAAUAUAGAAAGGAUAUCACAUUGCCACCUUUAUAUGCAAAGACUCCUAUGGAAGCAGCUAGAAAACCAGAAGAUGUUUUACCCUACAUUCCAAGUGAAUGUUGGAUUCAAAUGCUUGAUAAAAUGAAUAGUUCCAUACUAAAUUCAGCUGGAAAUCUUCUAAUUGCCUUUGUCAAAGAAGAAAUUAAUGCCUACUCCCAAAGCAUAUAUAUUUGUGGACAGCGAGAGCAUAAUUCAUUCAAUUAUUUACCAGCAUCAAGUGUCGUCCGAGCUAUAGGCGAUUAUCUGCGAACUUUUUCAUCCUCCUCAAAUAAGCAUCAAGAAAGUACUGUCAUUGAAUGUCUUCGAAUAUUCGCAGAAAAAUAUCCAAAACCAUUACCGCCAGGAAAGUGUUCUUUUUUGGAAAAUACAAUGAGUAUCUCAACCACAGCAAAACAUUACAGUAUCGCAAUUGCCUGUCAUCAAGCUGUGAUAUCAUCAUCUGCAAGAACAAUUAUUGAGAAUCACUUAGCAACGUUAACGACAGAAUCCAAAGUGGAAUCCACCUCGCUGUUUAAAGAAUACCUAACUCUAUACAUGAACCUGGAAGAUCUGUGCCGUGGUGUUCCCCCAAAUUCAUUGAGACCAUUUUUGGAAACUAGCCUCAAUUAUACCUUGGAGAAAGCAGUUCUUGAUAGUGAAAAGGCUGUAGAAACUUUUGAGAAGAUAAUGCACUGUUAUUCUCGCACUCUUAAGGAUGAGACUAUACACGACGCUAACAGGACUUUAUUAUCAAUAAUAUUAGAGGGUCUUUCAGAAAGAAUUGAUGUGGACUCAAAGCUUUUUGAUUCUUUUGUUACCGCAGCUAUAGAACUUUCCACAAAGCACAUAGAAAGAAUGACUUCGCCAAGCCUCUGGUGGGAAGUGACACCCCAGAAGCUACGAAUGGCUGCAGUGAUCAGAUCAGAAUUGUUGUUAAGAAAAAAAGUAGAAUCUCCAUUGAACUGGAUGAAUGAAGUCAUUGACGCUGCUGCUCUUAUUCCUGGGGUUCAAAUCAAUAUAUUAAGAAUAAUACAGAAAGUCGGAGUUGGUAUGCGAACUGAAACUUCAAGUGCUGAAUGGACUUUGGAUUUUAUGGGACAAAUUAAUAAAACCUUAUUGGAUGCACCUGAAGAAGAUUCUAUUAAAAUUGUUACAUUCCUCUGUGAUGUUUUACUGGUUACUACUAUCUGUCUAUCCGCUACGGAUUGUUUCUUGGCCAAUGAUGAAUCCUUAGUUAUAUCGCGAGACGUCAAAGCUAAUUUGUUUCCUCAAGCCAUGGCGAUCCUUAGCCAAAAAGCUUCUUCGAAAGAAACUAUCGGACAAAUUAUGGAUUGCCUGCAUCAUAUUCGGACAAGCUCUAUACCGGAGUCAUACAAAAAUGCUUUCCAUAAUGCACUUGUUUCAUUAAAGCACGAACGACAUUUCGAUAUUGCUUGGGCAACGUUUUUAUCCACGAAAUCCAACGUAAAUUGUUUGAGGAACAGUUAAAUAAUUGACAGCCUGUGUAACCAUCGCAACAAUACAGCAUUUGCUUCUUGACGACUAGAAAGAAAUUGCUCGGCAAUCUUACUGGGUGGAAAGUUUCGACAAUUCUGUAAACGCAUCUGGAGGUGUCCGGGUAACUAGAGAAGAAACA